AUGUUGUGCCCAAAACUCCACGAGAUUAAUGGGAUCCGCUCUGCUGAUCAGCCCCCCGCAGAUUUGUCGGGCACUAACUUCGAUAGUCUGAAUGAUAUGGCCAAGCACUAUGAGAUGAGCACGAAGCCGACUGCCGAGGAAGGUCGUGCGCAUGAUCCCAUCACGCCCACCUGGCACCUUCCUCAUGUAUCGCUUGCCCACGCUGUCAUGGACAAGACCAACUAA